CGCCCCUUUACAGCACGUCAUUCUGUCAACACGGAAGUGCUCUGUGUCUUUGAAUAUAGCGCGCGAGCUGCUGCUACUUAGCAACAAGUGGAAGGGUCUGAGGGAUGCCAGCCUCGGAGCCGGUCCGGUUGGGUCGGAAACGCGCCCUGCCCUCCUGUCCGAACCCCCUGUUCCUGAAGUGGCUCACAGAGCUCCGGGACCAGGCCAAGGAGAAGGGGCUGAAGAUCCAGCACGUCUACCAGAAGGCCAUCAGCUCUCUGAAUAAAUAUCCACUACCACUUCAAAACGCCAAAGAAGCAAAGAUCCUGCAGAACUUUGGAGACGGUAUCUGUAAGAUCCUGGAUGAAAAGCUGCAGCGAUACUACAGAGAGAACGGUCCAAACGCUCCUAUUCACUCUCUCCCUGAAGGAGCGCCCCCUCGUGGCAGACUUGACAACAACAACAUGGCUCCCUCCAGAAAGAAAAAUGCAGCAGGGGAUCAAGUGAAGGAUAAAGGAGGAGGAGGAGGAGGCAGGAAGAAGAAGAGGGAGUACGUGCCUCAGAAAAGGUCUGGAGGUUACGCGGUCCUCCUGACCCUGUACAGACAGUCACAGAUCCCCGGGGGUAAAGGUUACAUGUUUAAGAUGGAGCUCCAAGCUGAAGCUCAACUUCUCUGUGACAAGUCCUUCACUGUCCCAGAUCUGGGCAGUAAGUACACCGCCUGGUCUUCAGUCAGCACUCUGAUUCAGAAAAACAUGGUGUUAAAGACUCACAACCCCGCAAGGUAUUCCCUCACAGACGAGGGUUCAGCUUUGGCGUCCCGACUGGAAUCAGCCGAGCAGGAGAAUAAAGAAGCUUCUGAGGGGGACAGAGAGGAGGUCAGGAGUGAAGAAGAGGAAGAAGAGGAGGAGGAAAAUGGUCCCAGGGUUGUGGAUCUCACAUGUAGUGACGACGAUGAAGAAGAAGAAGAAGAAGAGAAGGAAGUCGGCAGAGUACGCCCCGCAGAGAAGCCGAGGAGUGACAUCGACGGGACCAGCUCUUCUUCAAAACCUCAGAACCCUCAGGGAACGAGUGGAAGGAAGCCGACCGGAGGAUGUCUUCUCCCCGGAGCGUAUGAGAUCAUCCUCUGUGUCGACUUCAUCGAGACAACCGGCGGCAGCACCCACCGUAAACAGGAGCUGGUGAAAGAGCUUCAGAGGAACGGCGUCAGCUUCGAUGUGAGGAAACUCAACGUGGGAGAUUUCCUGUGGGUCGCUCGAGAAAAGGUCGCACCUGUACCAGGUCAGCUGCGUGCUCCUGCAGGCCGGGAGCUCGUGCUCGAUUACAUCAUUGAGAGGAAGAGGAUGGACGAUCUCUGCGGGAGCAUCAUCGACGGACGCUUCAGGGAACAGAAGUUCCGUCUGAAGAGGUGCGGUCUGCACCGGCCCAUCUAUCUGGUGGAGGAGUGUGGGAAGGCGGCGUCCCACAUGAGUUUACCUGAAACCACACUGCAGCAGGCCAUAGUCAACACACAGGUGGUCGACGGAUUCUUUGUGAAGAGAGUCCAGGAUGUGAGAGAGUCAGCAGCUUACCUCACCGUCAUGACGCGAUACCUGACUAAACUGUACCAGAACCGAACCCUGAUCUGUCGCUCCAGAGAGCUGGAGGGGGAUACAGGGAGUGAUGAGGAGGGUGGAGGGAACCCUUCCUGCUCUUUGAUAUCUUUUGCAGAGUUCAACCACGGUGCAGUCAAAAACAAGUGUCAGACGGUGAAAGAGGUGUUUGCCCGACAGUUGAUGCAGAUCAGCGGUUUGUCUGGAGACAAAGCAGCUGCUGUACUGGAGCAAUACAGCACCCCACACAGUCUCCUGACAGCCUAUGACCGGUGUGCAAGUGAAGCAGAGAAGGAGAAACUCCUCUCUUCCAUCCGAUAUGGGAAGCUCAAAAGAAACCUCGGACCGGCCCUGAGCAAAACAGUUUAUCAGUUGUACUCGACUCAAGGAGCUCUGACGUGAAAACACACCAUGAACUCAAUCCAACUCCUCUCAUUAUGUGUAAACCUGAAGUCGUUAUUUUUUGAUUCCUACUUGACUCGACUGUACUUCAGGAUGGUAAAUGAUUAUGUAAAUGUCCGGUUGCUGCUAUAUUUUGAAUACGAUGUACAUUUUGGUGCUUGUAUGAUGUACUCGUAUGAAGAAUUUCACAAAUUUAUUAUUGUGACUCUGCAUCAAUAAAGUGUAUUAUUUUCAGA